AUGAUCCUUGUAGGAAUUACAGAGUGUCACUCAUUAAGAGAGGUUCAAGAGGUAGUUAAGAAGGCAAGAUCAUCUUCGGCCCCAGGUCCAAGCGGUAAACCGUACAAAGUAUACAAAAGAUGCACUAAGCUCCUCCGAAGGCUGUGGAAGCUUAUGCGGGUAAUUUGGUCCAAGGGAACCAUCCCAACAAGCUGGAGAAGGGCGGAAGGGUUCUUUGUGCCCAAAGAACAGGGAGCCACACAGAUCAGCCAGUUUCGAACUAUAUCCCUACUUAGUGUGGAGGGAAAGAUUUUCUUUGCAGUGCUUGUAAGCGCCCAUUCUCUUUGCAUGACCCAGAAUGGAUAUAUUAACACCUCUAUCCAGAAGGGCGGUGUGGAAGGAUUCUCAGGGUGCUUGGAGCAUACAGGAGUUCUCAGCCAACUCAUCCAAGAAGCAAAGGAGAAGAAGGGCAGCCUAACAGUUGUCUGGCUUGACUUCGCAAAUGCAUAUGGGUCUAUUCCCCAUAAUUUAAUUCGAGUCGCUUUGGACUACUACCACAUCCCUCAUAACAUCAAGGGCAUAAUCACCAAUUACCUGAGAGAUAUCAAGUUGCGAUUCCAGUCGGCCAGGUUUACAACAAAGUGGCAGCCAGUGGAGAAGGGAAUAUGGUAUGAUGAUUCCCUGUCAGACAAGAACAACAUCUCCAGCACUAGAGAACAAGUUGAAGAGUGGCUGAAGAAGAUCGAUAAGGCUGACCUGCCUGGGAAAUACAAGUGCUGGAUCUACCAACAUGGCCUGCUCCCAAGACUCAUGUGGCUCCUCACUGUAUAUGAGGUGCUUCUACAAACAGUUGAAGAAAUGGAGAGGAAGUUCAACAAGCACCUUAGAAGAUGGUUGGGAAUACCCCCGAGCUUUACAUCGUUGGGGCUGUACAUGAGGUCGGGCCAGCUCCAGCUACCCCUGUCAUCAGUGGUGGAGGAGUUUAAAGUUGCCAAAUGCAGACUGUCCCUGACAUAUAGGGACUCUCAAGAUCAACUUACCAGGGAAGCAGGGAUUAGAACUAGAUCAGGCCGUAAGUGGGCCGCCGGCACAGCGAUUAACCAAGCAGAAUGUUCGCUCAUGACCAAAGAGAUCAUCGGAAACCCUUGUACUGGAAGGCAGGGUCUAGGAACAUCACAUUUCCAGAAGUGGUCAAAGUCCACCCCUAGGGAGAAGAGAGCUAUGAUCCAGGAGGAAGUUCGAACCCUUGAGGAAGAAACAAGAAGAGCAAAAUCCAUCGAGCUUGCAACUCAAGGUGCCUGGACGAGGUGGAACCUCCCCAAGAAGAAAAUCACAUGGAGUGAACUGUGGCGGCUGGAGCCCUUCCGUAUAUCCUUUUUACUCCGAGCGGUGUAUGACACCUUACCAACCCCAGUCAAUUUGCACAGGUGGGGGAUGAGGGAGGACCCACUGUGUAAGUUAUGUGGUGGGAGAGGUACAAUGGCGCACAUUCUGUCAGGGUGUAAGACCGCAUUGACACAGGGGAGAUACAGGUGGCGCCAUGACAAGGUGUUGGCAGUGCUCGCAGACAUCCUGGAGCAAGAAAGGAGGAAGAAACAACCAGCCAAAGUAAGACCAUCACUGAGCACCAUUGCCUUUGUGAAAGAAGACCUGUUGUCCACAGCCAAGCCAAGCAGAACCUUCUGCAGUUAG